AUGAACAGCUUGACCUGGAUUUACGUCAUGUUCCUCGGAACCCCCAAAGAAAAAGAUGCACUUGCUCGCUGGAUAAACGGCUUGCAUGGAAAGGUCAAGGGUCCAGGAUACAAUGCCCAUGAUCCCAAGAUCCAGAUUUGGCUUGCAGCUUGCAUUUAUGCUUGCUCUUUACCAAUCUAUGAGGAGAUACUUGGACCCAUGGAUGAUGCGGCGUCGGAGAAGCUUUAUCAUCAGUCAUUUUAUCAUUCGUUAUACCUUCGUGUUCCUCGUGAAAUGCUGCCUGCUGAUCGUCGGUCGUUCUGGGCUUACUGGAACAAGGAAGUGGAGUUGUUGGAAGUUACAGACGAUGCAAAAGCUAUUGGUCGGGUCUUCUUGUUCUCCGAAUCAUUGCCGCGGAAGCGCUGCCGCCCCGCGUACGAGAUGCUUAUGGCUUGA